GAUGUGAGAACAACAGCUUCCACGGGGCUGAGUCAAUGGUUGAGUAAAAUUGAGGGAGGAGACACUGAGAUCUGGGGGAAGGCACUCGGCGCAGGAAAUGUCGAAGUGGGAUUAAAGAACGCAGAAGCCCCCGGAAUUCCGGUCAAGUGGUCAGAGUUAAUCGAUGGUCUCCUUAGAGGAGCAGUAGAGAGGGCUCCCUCCCGUAACAACAUAAAGGGGAAGAGUUCUCUCUUUUGGGCAAUAGAGGAUUGGGCCGGCCUGAGUCAUAACGUAGGCAACCAAUCGUGGCAGGACAAUAAUUGGGGCCAGAAGAUUUUAGGAAUCCUCUUCUGUAUAGUCUUUGGAUUGCAGCAUAAUGUGUCCCAAGAUUUAAGGAACACUCUACACAAAGUUUGUCCGGACUGUGGGCCUUAUGACAUAAGUGGGUGGUUAAGCAAGGAAGAAGAGGACAAAUCACUAGUUGGACAGUAUGAAAUACCUACCAAAUCGAGUUGCUGUAUAAAAUCAAUCAAGGGAAGUCAAGAUGCAAGGAUCACGUUAACAGGCGGUGCAUUAGGAGUAUAUUUGCAGAACAAGCUCAAUACAGAGGCACUAAGGGCCAAAGAACAAAAAGACAAAGCAAGGAAGAGCGUCAGAAGCCAGCUCGCUGAAUCGAAUGCACAUAAAGCUGGAGUGGCGUCAGGAGUGAAGGGGAAGAGGACAGCUGGAGAAACCAGUAACGUCUCGGAGGCAAUUAGGGGUCCAGCAGCCAGAACCACAACAGACCAAGAACUAGAACGAGUCUCCACAUCGGAUAUUGAGGGGAGCCGUACAAGCGGGGAUUUAAGUGAAGGGACCACCGGGAGGCAGGGAAUAGGGACAGCGGGUACCGGUGCCCCUGAGAGAAAUAAAGCAACAGAUCCCUCAACCGGGGUAGCUCAGGCAGGAGAAGUGGAACAAGGCAGUGAAAGGGGAAGCGGCUCAUCCAAUUCCUCCGAAACAGACUCCCUGACCCCAAAGGACUCCCAAACCCCAGGGCAGCCGACCUCAACGGGGGCGGACGGGGCAG